AACCUGUCCUUUGUGGACAUCUGCUUCACCUCCACCACUGUCCCCAAGAUGCUGUGGAACAUCCAGACUCAGAGCAAGAUCAUAACCUAUGAGGAUUGCAUCACACAGAUGAACUUUUUCAUAAUCUUUUCAGUGUUGGAUGACUUUCUCCUAAGUGUGAUGGCCUAUGACCGGUUUGUGGCCAUCUGUCACCCCCUGCACUACAUGGUCAUCAUGAACCCCCGGCUCUGUGGACUGCUGGUUCUGGUGUCCUGGAUCAUGAGUGUCCUGUAUUCCUUGUUACAAACAUUAAUGGCAUUGCAGCUGUCCUUCUGUACAGAGGUGGAAAUCCCCCACUUUUUCUGUGAACUCAAUCAGAUAAUCCAACUUGCCUGUUCUGACACCUUUCUUAAUGACAUGAUGAUGUAUUUUGCAGCUAUGCUGCUGGGUUGUGCUCCCCUGGCUGGGGUCCUUUACUCUUACUCUAAGAUAGCUUCCUGCAUUCGUGGAAUAUCAUCAGUGCAGGGCAAGUAUAAAGCACUUUCCACCUGUGCAUCUCACCUGUCAGUUGUCUCCUUAUUUUACUGUACUGGCCUGGGAGUGUACCUUAGCUCCGCUGCCACCCAGAGCUCCCACUCAAGUGCUGUAGCCUCGGUGAUGUACACGGUGGUCACGCCCAUGCUGAACCCCUUCAUCUACAGCCUGAGGAACAGAGACAUAAAGAGGGCUCUGACACGUUCUAUGGGGUGGCAGCUACAAAAGGGCUAA